CCUCCUAAAAGCUAAAGCUCACACCUCCCCAUACAAACUAUCUCACUCUCUCUCUCUCUCUCUCUCUCUCUCUCUCCACUUUUUUUCUCUCUCCACUUUUUUUGAGUGCUUUAAUGGUAGUCACAACUCCCCCACCCUUUCUCUUCUCCCACUCCACCAAAUAAAGCAAAGUAGAAGAUCAAGAAGAAGAGAGAGAGAGAGAGUUUUAGAGAGAGAGAGAGCUUUAGAGAGAGAAAGAUAGAGAGUUUUAGAGAGAGAGAGAGAGAGAGUUUUAGAGAGAGAGAGGGGGGGGGAAAUGUUUGAUAGCUUGUUGGGCUCCAAGUUUUCCAACAAAUGUAAGCAUGCGAUAAAAUGCAUAAAAGCUCGGUUGGAUCCGAUCAAGAAGAAGAAGCAGGCAAUGGUGAGGUUCCUGAAGAAGGAUGUCGCCGAUCUCGUCGCCGAUGGCCACCGCGACGUCGCAUUCGGAAGGAUCGAUGCACUUAUUGUGGAGAUAAAUCAAGCAUCCUGCUAUGACAUGAUUGAGCAAUUCUGUGAGGAUAUAUUGAAGCAGCUUCAGUGCCUGCGGAAGCAGAGGGAUUGCCCUCCAGAAGCGCUGGAAGCUGUAGCAACUCUAAUCUUUGCUGCCGCUAGAUUUCCCGAUCUGCCGGAAUUGUGUGAUCUCAGACAUGUUUUUAACGAGAGAUAUGGGAGUCACAUGGAAUCAUUUGUUAAGCAAGAGUUCAUUGAGAAGGUGCAGAAAAAGUCGUUUUCUGCCGAAAAGAAGUCGGAAGUUAUGCAAAAUAUUGCUCAAGAGUCCUCGACUAAAGUUGAUUCAAAGGCAUUCGAACGGAAAUCGUCUAAUCAGCCUGAAUCUAAAUACGAUCUGCCCAAAAGGUGUGCUACUUUUAGUUGUCGAAACGAAGCUUCGCCAAUGGCGCCCAGUCGGCAUAAGGAGGAUACUUCAUCAGAAGGGAUACGUAGGCCUACUCCUGCAGAUUUCGUGCAGAAACAAGAAGUGCGGAUCGAACUGAAGGAUAUUCACGUAAUUUCAGAUGUCAAAAUUAGCCAUUUACAAGAGAAAAGCCGGAGGCCUAUUGUUGCGGAACCGGAGAACAUCAAACCGGACUAUACUAGUUACACGCCGCCUUCACACAUCAACCUACAGAAUAAUCACAAAGAGAACCCGAGAGAGGAUUAUCGCACUAACUACACAGUUCCUUCAAUCAUCACUCCGAGGAAUUAUCUCAAAGAAACCCGGAGAGCAGACAGUCUUAAAGAAAAAAUCAUUAGGCCGCCGCAGGAUGGAGAAGGCUUUGCUCCUCGUGGCGCAGAGGAAGAAAGUGGUUCGGUCAAAUACGCUGGAUACAAAAUUAGCAAAAUGGUUCCUCCGUAUACUAAACCGAACGGAACUAAGAAAGAAGGCGAUGUUGAAAAGGAGAGCGACAAGAGCGUUGCAAAAGAUGAAUUGCGAGGGGCCCAGGAUGACCCUUGUUGGAACAGGAGAGCGAAAACCCAAGAGAUGGAUCGUGUCAGCAAAGUUGAUUCAGCGAGUUCGUUAAAUCAAAGAACUAUCAACAUGGUUCCUCCGUACACUAACCAGCGGAGAACGAUGAGUGAAAAGUAUGUCGAAGAAGAGAACGACAAACCUUUAUAUGAUGGAUCACCGAAUAUGUCGCCGAUUCGACCGGUGAAUUAUGCGAAAGCAGCUGAUAAGAUUCCUCCUUACGUGAAAUCAAAAUUCACCACCCAACCAAUGGAUAUUAUUAAUCAAACCGUUCAAAAAUUUUCUGGUUGUGAUGGGUCUACAGGCGCCGAAGAUAACAGCCCUUUGGAGAGAACAGAAUUUUAUACAACCGAAGGGGCUGCUACUUACGAUGAAAAGAUUGCUAGCCAAACACCGCGUAACAGAAGAAGGCAUGCAAGCAGGCGGAGCAGCGCUACCUACAGUGAUUAUUGCGGCGAGCAAGUACAACCUGACAAAAUGGAUAAUGCUUUCGAUUAUGGUGAGAUCUCUCAUCGAGUCCUGAGUGUUCAGAGAAGCCAUACAAGUAGGCGACAUAGCGUUACUUAUGAUGAUGGCUAUGAUGCGGGUGUUGUGGAAAGGAACCCCAGGAAAGUGGUUAGCGAAAUGGUUGAUGCUACUGUUUACGGCAAGUUCACUAAUCAAACCCCGCGUGGCCAAAGAAGCCAUACGAGUAGGCGGCAUUGCGUUACUUACGAUAACGGCCAUGAUGCGAAUGCGGCAGACAUGCAGCCCAAGAAAGUGGUUAGCGAAAUAUUUGGUGCUACUCACGAUUAUGACAAGUUCUCGACCCGAACUCCGCGUGGCCAAAGAAGACACACAAGUAGGAGGCACAAAGCGAGCUACGACAGCCAAUAUGAUGAGGAAGUUGUGGACAGGUAUCCGCAACCAGUGUUCGAUGAGACGGAUUACGCCGUCGAUUAUGGCAAGCUCUCAAGUCAAACCCCAGGAGGCCGAAGAAGACAUGGCGGGAGAGGGGCUUCCGCUUUUGACGACAACCGCGAUGACGAGGAAAGGGUGGUGGAUAAGCUGCUACUGCACUACAGCAGGAAAGGUCUGGCUGGUGAGCCUGUCAAAAUGAGAACAAGAAUCGAGCCAACCGAUUCGACCUAUCUGCCCGAAAGAAUCGCUUCUUUUCCAGCAGCAGGCAUCAACGGUCGUGAUCGGUGCACCCCGAGGCGGCUCGACUCCUUUAGUUCCCCCAGCGGGCAGCUUCAGCCAAAUUCGAAAGAGUACGUGUGACGAAUUGACCGCUCGGUUCAGUUCAGUUCAGUUCAUUUCGUCGAGGAAGUUAUAACAAAGUUUCACAGAAGGUGUCCAGCAUUUUUCACCAUUGAAGUCGUCCAUCUCGCUCCCAGAUUCGUAGUAUAAACACAAAGAUUGAUACCAUUUUCUGCAGGUUAAUUUCUCUCAGUUUGUUGCUUCAUCCUAGUUGAGAUUAUCAGAUACAUGAUUUGUUGAUGUAAUGUGAUGAAACCAUUGUUCCAGUUCUACUCUUUUUUUCUUUUUUUUUUUGUUGUCCCCUUAUUUGUCUAUUGUUUGUUUGUUGUGAUCAGGCAUGUGUACAUAUCAUUCAAACAGCAUAAUAUGUGUCAUGUAAUUUUUACAGCAUUAGUCUUAUGUUUUCUUUUACUUCA